GGCGCCGCCGCUGGCGGGAGCGGCUGCGGGGCGGUGCCUGGGCUCGGACUGCCCGGCCCGGGGAAGCAGCCGCGGCAGCGCGGCCCAGGGACUCCGCGGCGGGCGUUUCUGGCGGCCCGAGCGCCGCGCCCUUCCCUGCCCCAUGUCGGCGUGGCUCGGCCGGGCGGCGCUGCUGCUGGGGCGGCCGGGGGGCCCCGCCGCUGCCGCUCCCUCCUGCCUGGGCUCGCUGCGGGGCCCGCCGCGCUGCUGCUGCCGCCGCCGCCUGAGCAGCCUGCGGGGCGGCGCCGAGGGGCUGCUCCUCCCGCGGGGGUCGUCGCCGCCGCCGGGGCGGGCGCUGGGCACCCACCCCAGGAAGGAACCGAUGGAGGCUUUGAACACGGUGCAGGGGGCCCGUGACUUCAUCUACAGCCUGCACUCCACCGAGCGGAGCUGCCUGCUGCGGGAGCUGCACCGCUUCGAGUCCAUCGCCAUCGCGCAAGACCCCAUAUCAGCUAGGGGAAGCUGUCAGCAAUAUGGGGAGACCUGGGCACAUCAAGAACCAAAUGGGGCCUGUUCCUCAGCCCAUUCCCAGGCCUACCACGAGAAGGAUGCAGUGCCAUCAACUAAUUGCCCUAGCGCGAAAUAUGACAGGACACACUAUAUGUGGCCUCCGCUAAUGGCAGAGGCUACAGGGAAACCCAUCCUUUGCUGCGGCUGCUACGCUGAAGGACGGUCCUCAGAGAAGUUGGAGAUUGCCCCACCAUCUCCAGGACAACUGAAACAUGUGUUCUUCCACAAUGCAGUACCUUUUGUAGGGUUUGGAUUUUUGGAUAACGCAAUUAUGAUUGCUGCGGGAACCCAAAUAGAAUUGUCAAUUGGAGUUAUCCUAGGAAUUUCGACUAUGGCAGCUGCAGCUCUGGGAAACCUUGUUUCGGAUUUAGCUGGACUGGGUCUUGCAGGUUAUGUAGAAGCUUUAGCUUCACGACUGGGUCUGUCAAUCCCUGAUCUGACACCCAAGCAAGCUGAUAUGUGGCAAACGCGUCUCAGUGCACACUUGGGUAAAGCUAUUGGAGUAACCAUUGGCUGCAUUUUAGGAAUGUUUCCGUUGUUGUUCUUUGGCGAUGAGGAAGAAAAACUGGAAGAAAAAAAAUAACCUUUUUACAAGACAUAUACAAAUGUAAACUACUGUACCUCAAUUACUCGAUUACGCUGUCAAUAUUUAGGAAUUAACAGACAGUAAGAAAUGUAUAGACUUGGGAACAAAACCUUCAGCAUGUCGUUUUAUGGAAACACUAAUUUAUUGUGGCUUUGUUGUGUUCAGUACUUCUUUUUAUAAGAUAUCAUCUAACUUUUUAUUUAAUUGUAAAUUUUUGAAGUGUUUUCACUUAUGGCAAAAUGUUUACCACGUUCCCCUUUGACUUUAUUCUUUCAUGGAUUAUGACUCUGAUAAUCCACCAUGGGUGACAGUAUAACUCUUGAGUUGCAUAUUGGUUGCUUAACAAAUGCAUGACAAAAAUCUUACUGCUGUUCAUCAGGUCCUUCAAUGCAGAUUAUUAAGGAGGUCAGUGAUGAGUAAUUUGAAGUCCCUCACUUGCAAGAUGUCUGGUUGCUCCCCUGACCAGCCAUCAGUUUGCACUGCCUUUAGAUUAGAUAUUUCGGUAAUCUGUGACAGCCUAGUUUGCAUUUUUCACAACACUGAUUAAGUGUGUCUGAAUCGACUUCUGAGAUGAUCAUUUUAAGGAUUUCACAAGGUAAGUGUUUCCAGUAUAGGCUCUUUACCAAGUCCAUUUUUUGGUGGUGGUUUAGCACCUUCUAUAUUUCCAUAUUUGCCUCUUUUUUUCCUUUGUAAACAGUAUUUUGAGAAUUUAGACAUCUUAAAUUUAUCUUCCUGCCUUUUGAGCAUGGUAUUAAAGAAUUCAGAGCAACUGUUUCAAAAAUCCAAACAAUUUUUUUUUCACUGUUCAGCUUAAAACGAGGUGUGAAUAGUUGGGUGGGUGGAUGAGGCUGGGAAACGCUUCAGGGUAUGAAUGAGUGCUGGUAUUGCAAGUCUGUAAUGGGUGGUUCAGUUGAAACAAUAGUGUACCAUCAGUCUGGAUUAGAGGACCUGAUCUGCAGAUUAGAAUUUUGUAUUUAAGAUUAAGCCUUUGCUACUUAUUUUUUUCUGCUGUGGGACAAUUAGUAAAAAAGACCCCAAACAACAAAAAAGGGAGACUUGAGGCCUUUUUCCUUUUUUUGCCUUUUAUUUUUGCAGUCUUACUUGGUGUAUUAUAGAUCUGACAGCGCAGACACAUGUAACUGUGUUUUUUUAAUGUGGUCAUGAAUAAGUUGAUUAUGACUAUCAAAUAUCCAUAAUAUUUCAGGAUCUGACUUGCCAAUAGCAUAAUGCUAAACUGAUAACUGUUGAUUAGGGGAGAGGGUUUCUUACCUGGUUGAAUAAAAUUUGGGAAAGACACUAAAAAGAGAGGCACAGCCGGGGCGCUCUGUUUUAUUGCUGGAAUUGUUGGCACUUCUGAAACCUGUAGAAAGAAACGUUAAAAGAAUAAAAAUGAUGUCCCCUGUUGACUUUAAUUUGCUGUAGGAAAAGUCUUGUUGUAAUGUGUUAUGUUUCACAGAGCUCAUUGCUUUUCUCUUGGUCAUAAAUCUGACUUCUCUGUUCUCAUUUCUAGAAGCCCUUUAAACAGCAGUACUGAAACUUUGGCAUCAACCUUUAAUGAGGGAGACAGUGUCAUAUCUGUUCUUUGAAAAGCAGACUUUGAAAACUUGCAGUGAGUAGUCCUUGUAGCAUGUACAGUACUUUGUACAUUAAACAAUGAGAAUCUGGACCAAACUGUCAAUCUGAAAGAGAGUUUAGCCAGGCACGGAACACAAAUGCAGAGGAGUUUUGGCUCUCAUUUUCCAAGUUGGAAGCUUUAUUGAAAAAACCCCAAAUAAACAACAAAAGAAGCCACCAAUCACAAACACCACAAAAAACAUCCUCCUUAGAAAAUUAUGUGCUCUUCCCCCACAGAUUGCUGCUAGUUUACAGUACUUCAGUGAUCAGUGUUUUAGUCAUCCAAACAUUUGCCUUGGCUUUACCUUUUCUUCCUCUGCAUGUACUUUUGUUUCUGGUAUGUUUCUAUACAAAGCUAUAGUUCCCACAUGUUCUUUUUUAACUGAAGUACACAUCAGAACAAUUUGCUUGUAGCUGUUUGUACAGUAAUACCAACAGUCUUUCCCGUUAUGAUACUGGCAUCUUCGUUGGAAUCUUCAGCAGUGGCCAGACCUCUGUUCUUUGUCAUCGUACCACCUGAAACACUGUUUUCAUCACUUUUUUAGAGCUCAUGAGAACAAUGGGAAGGCUGUGUCAGCUGUCAUAGUAGUUUUCAUUUUAUAAUGGCAAUAGGAAAGACCGUGUAUUAUUGUUAAGUAGCUUGUGUAUGUAAAUCGAGUAUGUUUUGUUGCUGUAUGUCAAACUAUUGUACUGCAACCAAUACUUUUAUUGGGAAUUAAUGAACUAAAAUAUCUUCAAAGAAAUUAAUCAUGUGUCGUCUUGUUAAACUAUGGAGCUGGCCACAAAAAUGUGGGGGGCAAGUGACACAUGGUAAGAAAUCUUGAAUGUUUCAGGCUGUUGUCUGAUACCGUCAAUCAAGAAGGUGAUUUCUGGGGUUUCAGUAUUUGACAAAUGUGAAGAAAUAACUCAUGAUUUGAGAGGAACAGUGGCUCUGCUGGAGGCUGAGAGAAAGUGCUUGUUGGGGCCAAGCUGCCACCCUGAGUACAGUAGGGGUAGCUUGCUUUGCCUACAGGGUCUGCUCUUGUGUGGAGGUGGUGCUGCUUCAUGUGGAAGAUCUGUGCCAGAUCUGUAUCCUGUCUCCUCACAGGGAGGGUGGGUUUUUCUGGGGUGCGUGGAUAAAGGUAAUCCCUGAUGGCUCUGAUCAUGACUUUUAAAACGCUUAAGACUGAAGACAGAGCACUAACAAAAUACUCUUCUUCAUUUCCUGUUGUCUUCUCUCUUCUCAAUUAAAGGAAAACCAAACACUGCAGGCUUGUUCAGACACUUCAGUAUUGCUCCAUCUUUUUAUUCUGUCGGUUGGUCCUGUGUUAAUAGGAACUUUUUGAGUUAAAGGGCUGGUAGACCUGAAAUUGUGUUUAUUUUAAAAUGCUGUCUUUUAUUGUAACCUAAAAUAUAAUGUAUUUUUGACCGUAUGUUAUCUCUAGGGACAAAGAACAUGCAUCUGAUAAUAUGGUUAACUAGAUCUUCUUGUCAGUAUUUUCUCAUGCAUGUACUUUUACAUAAAUUAUUUGAAUUCAGACAACAUCUUUUGUAUUGUCUUUAAUUAAAUUGUCAAACUUUCUGUAAACUUUUGUACUACAGCAAAGGUGUUCUGUGUUUCUUUAUUAGACCAGAUGCUGGAGGGGAAAUGUUAAUAAUAUCCUGUGGGUAUUCAGCCUCAGCUAUACAAACCAGGAACAGAUGAUUUGAGUUACAAGCAGGUGGUCCUUUGUUACUGUCAUAGGAGAUACCACCAUGGUGGAGUGGUACUUUUGUCUCUUCAUGCUUGGAAGAGCGUGAUUUAAACAAUUAAAAUGUUUGCAUGGUAAAUCAGUGGUGUUUGUGAUUAAUAUGAGCCAGAAGCCCACUUGGGGUUUAUAUGGAAACUAAACCUUCAUGAAUUUUCCCAGACUUUGGAGCUCUUCACUUUGUUUCACUCCUUGGUCACUUCCCUUCUGCGCAUGUCUGUGCAUAAAGAAGUGCUGUGAGUGGAAUAUCUGUACUGAAAGGAUGGUCUUAUCUCAUUUUGACAACCUGUAUAGCUGCAUUGUGUAAAUCUCUACAUUAAUGUUGUACAGAGUCUGUCACACUUCUGUCCGACAUGUUUCCCUCUUCUCUGGUGUUUUACAUGGUCUAGUGACAAGCUGACAGAGCAGUGAUAUAUAAACUAAAGGUCUUAAUAAAGCAUCGAGGAAUUGUCA